AGACAAGAAAAGGGGCCAGGCCGGAGCUCGAUGUAGGCAGCGGCGAUCUGUUGAUGUAAUUUCGUUGUCGCGACCAGCCGGUGGGGCAUACGAGUCGCCAUGAGGCAUGGCUUGCCGUAGCUUUGAUAUUCUUCUGUGGUCAAUUCCAGGUACUUUUGGGACAAUCGACAGCCGUACGGGAUGCAGUCCGCUUCUUAAUCUGCCCGCCGCUGCAGCCCUCACUUAUGGACGCACUAGAAAUGAUUCCUCUUAUCCAAACCGCACAGAACCCAAAACAAGUGCUGAUCCCUCCGGCAGCGCAAUUCGCCUCGAACCAAGGAACCAUCUCUCGAACUCUUGCCUUGGCGUCGGGUGAUCGGUAGGGGAGAUUGCCUCUUUGAGGGUCGGUGGAGCCCUCAAUCCUGAAUCUCGGAAUGAUCAUCGCGAGCUGAAAGGGUGACA